AUGACGUCAGCAUUGCAUCAGUUUGCCCUGGCAGCAGCUCGGGCUGAAUUUGCCCUUGGGCCUGCUCGGGCUGGUGGAACCCACCAUGAAACCAGGCUGCAUCUGCUACGCUGGAGGUGUCUUGGGCUCGCCAGGGCAGCCUUUCCCCCAGUUUGGAUUUCAACUACCAAAGACUCGGUGAUGGUGGUGACCAAGGACGAGUACGAAAAAUGCCAUUCUGCGCAUCCCAUCUUCUUCUCCAACAAUGGUGUGACCGUGUUCACAUUGGACCGGCCUGGUUUGUUCUAUUUCAUUAGUGGGGUUUCCGGGCACUGCGAGAGAGGCCAGAAGAUGAUCAUCAAGGUCUUGGAACCAGCAAGCCCACCUCAAUCUGCUGACCAGAACGAGCAGAAGAAUGAUGCUGCAGUUGCAAUGGCCGCCAUCACUUCUGCAACUCUCAUGUCCUGCAUUAUAUCCGAAUCCCGUGUCGGAUAUGCUAAUGAUACGAUGAGUCGUCAACGGAUACAGUCUUUGAUGCACGGACAACUCGUUUUAGAGCUUGAACCGCUCAGUUUUGGGUUUUUCUGUUUGGCUUCAAAGGAAAUUCAGCCUCAAGUUUUGUACUUUCCAGUACUCAGGUUGACACUACCAUUACACGGUUUACAAUUUGCUUGGAGAUUGGCAAUUUCUUGUUGGAGAAGUUCUGUCGUGUACGUUAGAUGUGCUCAUCUUCGAAUUUCCUGGCAUCUCGAGUACAGAAAACAUUGCAAGGUUCAUCUAACGAUAUUGGAUGGUUGCCGCGCUCCCGGCAUGCCUGGUGUGGAGGAUGGUACAGCAAGAUUCUUGGAAUUGCUUGCAGGAAUAAGGAAUGGGGAGCACACAUUGUCUAGCUCUUUUGUCUAUCUGCUUAUUCCGGGCCUCUAUGGCAAUCACGGCCCCAUAUACUUUGUUGGAACAAAGAAAUUCUUUUCGAAGAUAGGUCUAGCUCGUCAUAUUACAAAAAUUCACAGUGAGGCAUCUAUUGAGCACAAUGCAUGGGAACUCAAGCAAUACGUUGAGGAGCUUUACUGGGGAUCUGGUAAGAGUAUGAUGCUGCUGGGCAAAGCAAGGAAGGUUCGUAUCAUACACUUCGGUUCUGCAGGAGUUACCCGACCUGACAGGCCUGGACUUGAUCUAAGUAAACAACCUCCUACUGUUCGCUUAAACAAGGAAUUGGAUUUUAUACUGACAUUCAAGUUGAAGGAGGAGGAUUUAGUACGGGAAAGUGGAAUACCAUAUACAAUUGUGAGGCCUUGUGCAUUAACUGAGGAGCCUACCAGAGCAGAUCUCAUUUUUGACCAAGGAGACAAUAUAACGGGUAAGAUAUCAAGAGAGGAGGUUGCUCAGAUUUGUGUUGCUGUGUUGGAAAGCCCCUAUGCAUCUGGCAAGACAUUUGAGAUGAAAAGCAGAGGCUUCUAUAGGAACAUACAUAUGAGACCAGCAAGAUUAUAA